GCUCAGUGCCCGCUGGGAGCCGGGUGGGUGGGGGCUCGGGCACGGGAGACAUGGCGCUGGCCGGGGAUGGAGAGGGGCCGCAGCCCGAGCCCGAGCCCACGCUGGUGCUGUACCACUGGACCCAGUCCUUCUCCUCGCAGAAGGUGCGCUUGGUAAUUGCUGAAAAGGCACUAAAAUGCAAGGAACAUGAUGUUAAUCUACCCCUGAGUGAGCACAAUGAACCGUGGUUUAUGCGUCUUAAUUCAUCGGGUGAAGUCCCUGUUCUUAUCCAUGGAGAAAAUAUUAUUUGCGAGGCAACACAAAUUAUUGAUUAUCUUGAAAGCACUUUUGUGAAUGAGAAAACACCAAGACUAAUGCCAGAAGAUGGAAGCAUGUAUUAUCCAAGAGUGCAGCACUAUAGGGAGCUUUUGGACUCCUUGCCUAUGGAUGCCUACACACACGGCUGUAUUUUGCACCCAGAAUUAACUGUGGAUUCCCUGAUUCCAGCUUACGCAACAACCAGAAUUCGUAGCCAAAUAAGUAACACAGAAUCUGAACUGAAGAAGCUUGCAGAAGAAAAUCCAGACCUCCAAGAUGCUUAUAUAGCAAAGCAGAAACGCCUUAAAUCUAAACUGCUGGACCAUGAUAAUAUAAAAUACCUAAAAAAAAUACUUGAUGAAUUGGAGAAAGUUUUGGAUCAGGUUGAGACUGAGUUACAACGGAGAAAUGAAGAAACACCAGAAGAGGGACACCAACCUUGGCUCUGUGGUGAAUUUUUCAGUUUGGCAGAUGUGUCGCUUGCUGUUACAUUACAUCGUCUGAAGUUCCUGGGAUUAGCAAGACGAAACUGGGGAAAUGGAAAACGUCCCAACUUGGAAGCCUAUUAUGAGCGUGUCUUGAAGAGAAAAACAUUUAAUAAGGUUUUAGGACAUGUCAACAACAUAUUAAUCUCAGCAGUUCUGCCAACUGCAUUCCGGGUGGCCAAGAAAAGGGCACCAAAAGUUCUUGGCUCUACCUUGUUGGUUGGCUUCCUAGCAGGGAUGGGUUAUUUGGCUUUCAUGUGUCUUCGGAAGAGAUUUGCCAAUAUGAUGUUAUCAAUUAGAACACGACAAAAUUAUUUUUAGACUUGUGAGAGUCUUGGGAUAUCUUUUGUCCCCAGGGAAAUAUCUAAAACAAACAUAUAAGAAAGAUUAUGUCCAUGGACCAGAACAUUGUCACAGAAUAAUAGUCUCCUGCUGUUGAAGAAAUGUAUUGGCAAUGCUGAGCUGUUUGUGGAAAAUAAAUUUUGAGGGGAUAAGAGAGAAAAAGCAAUACUUUCUUUUCAAAGGAGGAGCUGAAGAUCCUGUGCCAAUGCUUUGUUAGAAUGACUGUUGUUUCUUACUCUUACCAAAUGACUGAUAUAAUUUUAGUACUUUUAAUUUAACAGAUAUUCAUGCAGCAACAUGGUAGGUUUUCACAGAGUGGGGAAAUUCAUUAGUGUGCACAGGACCAGGGCUCAAAUGGGAUCUAAAUUGCACCUGUACCUUAUGCUUGCUUCUGCAAAGCAGUGAAUUUCACUGCCUACUGUAUAGACAAGGAUUUUUUAGGGUGAUGUCUUUUAUUGGCCCAACUGGGGUAGUCUUAGACAAGCUUUCAAAUGUAAGAAAUUCUUCUUCAGGACCCUCCCUAAGAAAUCCUUCCGUAUCACAUAAUUUCUGGAUGAUCAUGGUUAAAACAUCACUCUUACACUCCCACUGUGUGGCAUACUGAUCAAGGACCAUUGAAUUUCUGUGGGACCACUAUGACUAGUUUAGAUAAAAUAGCAUCAGUUUUUCAUAGAUUUCAUAGAUUUCAUAGACAUUAGGGCUGGAAGGGACCUCGGAAGAUCAUCGAGUCCAGCCCCCUGCCCAAAGGGCAGGAAGUCAGCUGGGGUCAUAGGAUCCCAGCAAGAUAAGCAUCCAGUUUGCUCUUGAAGGUGUUCAAUGUAGGCGCUUGAACCACCUCCGGCGGCAGGCUGUUCCAGACCUUGGGGGCUCGGACAGUAAAGAAAUUCUUCCUUAUGUCCAGCCUGAAACGGUCUUGUAGUAGUUUAUGACCAUUUGACCUAGUCGUCAUCCCUUGGGGCGCUCUGGUGAACAAACAUUCCCCCAGAUACUGGUGGUCAUCCCUCAUAAACUUAUAGGUGGCCAUCAGAUCACCCCUGAGCCUGCGCUUUUCCAGGCUAAAGAGCCCCAGGGCUCUCAGCCUGUCAUCGUAGGGUCUGCUUCCCUGACCUCUGAUCAUGCGCGUGGCUCUUCUCUGGACUCUCUCAAGCUUCUCCACAUCCUUUUUGAAUUGUGGAGGCCAAAACUGGACGCAGUACUCCAGCUGCAGCCUCACUAAGGCCGAGUACAAGGGGAGAAUGACGUCCCAGGAUUUGCUUGAGAAGCAUCUAUGGAUGCAAGCCAGUGUUUUGGUCGUUUUACUAGCCGCAGCAUCGCACUGCAGGCUCAUGUUCAUCUUGUGGUCAAUGAUGACCCCCAAAUCUCUUUCUUGCAUAGUGCUAGCCAACAUAGCACUGCCGAGCCUAUAAGGAUGCUGUGGGUUUUUCUUCCCAAGGUGGAGAACCUUGCAUUUAUCGGUGUUGAACACCAUUCUCGUCCGCCCACUUCACUGUAGGUUCACACUGUGGUACAGCUUAAUUUAUUUGGGAAGGAUUUAAGGGGCUAAAUCCUAUUUCACUUCAUGUAUUUUUACUCUUUUGGCACUUAACAUACAGUUUUGAAUUCUGUUUCACCCUGUUGCAAAAUAGAUGUACCUGCUGGAAGCAGAGAAGAGGAGGACCUUCCCAUGGGUUAGACAGUAGCCUAGAGGUUAGGGCAUUGCCUAGGGGGUAGGAUCCAGAUUGUAGGCUCCCUUCUCUCAUAGAAGGUUUAAACCUGCAUCUUCUGUUUCCUAGCAAAGUGCUCUAACCAGCAGGCCACAGGUUAGGCAGUAGCCAGACCUCUUUCCAGUCAUCCCCUUCAAGCUGAGCCAUUGCACUUGUUCAUUUAAUAUUCUCUGGAUAAAGAUCAGUGGGGAAGUUUCUGCCCUUCUGGGAACAGGGCUUCAGCCUAAAAUCCAGGCCCCCCUCCAAGACAAAGUAGCAUUCAUCCUACUGAGCUCACACAUUCAAGUUUGUUCUUCCUGGCCCCACAUAUCUUAUUCUCUUGCCUGUCCAUGCAAUUGGUUUCAAGCGGAUGGCUGGAAAAGUCACUGGAUAAUAUAUAAUCUGCUGCCUCCUGUUUAGAGCACUGUGCUGGGAAGCAGAAAAUGCAGACUCAAAUCUCCUCUGGGAAAAAGGAGAGCUUUUACACCACAGGCAUGUGCCCCAAUUGCAAGAGUUAAAACAUGGGAGAGGGGUGGAAGGACACACUUCUCCAGCAUUUAGCACCUGCUAGUUGUGGGAUUUUGCCUGGCUACAAUUUCAGACCUUACCCAGCCUUUUACAUGUAGAUCACCAGAUACCUGUCUGCACAGAGUGCACCCUUACUGAGCAUCCUCACUUGCCUGCCCAGUGCUGAGUUGCAAACUGUAUGUAAGUAUUUAAAACUGCAUUUAUGCAGUUGUGUAUGUGCUAUUUAGCUGAAUAAAGUAAAAUGGAUUUAACCCAAAGUGUGUAUGAAAGUCAGCUAUUUGUGUACAGAAGGAGACCUUUCAAAGGUCUCUACUCCCCUUCAGCAGGAUCUGCUUCUUUAUGACAAGGUUACAAAUUGGUGAAAAUGAGUAACAGUACUGGACAAUGAAAAUUUGGAUUUGUAAAAAUACUGUAAAAAAGGAAAAGGUCCUUUGAUACUAAUCACUAGUCAAUGGCUGCUGUCAAAUGUAUUGUUGAGUUUAUCUCCUUUUCAUUUCGGUGAAACUUGUGCACCUAACUGUGAUUUGCACCUGUCCUGGAUUUCUGCAGCCUGAAUGGAAUCAGGACCUGUCAAAAUUCUCAUCAAAGGCUGUUCUAGCAACACUUACAGUUCAUUUGUGAAGACCAGGAAGCAUGCUACACAUUUUUGGUCAAAUGUCACAAGUUUUAGAUUAGGUCACUGCACCAAAGCACAAGUGAACUUUUUGAAGGUUGUCCAUCACUUACUAGGGCCCACCAACUUAGUACAUUUUAAAUCUAAUCUUUGUGUCUGUAGCUCAGUUCUAUUAAAAUCUGGUUGAAUUCAAUAUAUAUCAUGUAAAUACUCUCUUAUGGCCAGUGAAUGGAACAAAUAUGUAUUUUAAUCUGGCAGUCUAGCAGAUGGUAAAGUGGAUAAUUUGUUUGUUAAAUAUUGCUGGUUUAAUUUAAUGGAAUAUUAAGUUUUUUUUAAACUAUACAAGGCCUAAAUGUCACAGUCCUUUUCCAUUAGUAAGAAACAUUCUUAUGUAGGAAACAGUCCUUUUUUCUUGAUGGGAAGAAGACAGUUUUAUAUAUUUCCAUUUCAUGAUCCAUUUGUUUUGGAGAACUUGAUAAAUUGAAUGUGCUGUAUUUACAAAAACCUAACAUCUCUAGAGUAAUUUUAAUCCAACAAUACUAUUAAUGUGCUGGCACCUUGAAGUGACUUUUGGUUUGUUGUUUGUGUAUUGCAUAGCAUCUGCAUUUAUUUGUAACUGACAUAUUCCACAUAACUUAUAAAGAUUGUAUAAACCCAGUAACUUGAUGCUUUGAUGACAUUUCAUAUUUCUGGGGGGUUUGGAAUACACUAAAGUAUCAUCUGUUCAUAUUAUUGUAAAAUUAAAAAUAUGCUAUUUAUAAAUAUGGACCAUGUAGGAUGCAUUUAAUCUUCUCCCCCUUCUUUUUAAAUUUGGAAUGUUCUCUUCCUAUAGAAAUAUUUUCUGUUAGUGUGGAAGUGUCCACAGCAGCCCACCCUACCAAUUUGUAAGUGGGCUUGCGUGAGCACUAAUUAUUGAUCAGGCUGCAUGGUUUCAGUCCUUAUGAGCCUUAAUCUUUUGUGCACUCCAACUAUCGUCAUUAGCUGACCAAAUCAAUAUGUGGUGUUGAGACUGAGAAAAACUAAAAUGACCACCAGAUGUCAGUGCUCUUCCAGGGCUGCUCUUUCCGCAAAUCAUCUGAGUUGUGUUGGAAAACUUUUGACAGUUUUCACAAAUGAAAACUCGAAGAUUGGAGUGUGGGACAAAAGGAAGGGUUCUAAUCAAACUAGCUGGCUGUUGAGAAUGUUGAUAAGCUGCAUCAAAACAACAACUUUGUUGUCUGGGUAGAUGUGGUAUCUUUUAUUAGACCAACUAAAAUACUUGAAAAAAAGUUAUUUGUAAGCUUUGGGGCACAAAUACCCUAUGUCAGGCACAGGGAGAUGCUCCAAGGUAGAAAAGAAGCUAAGGUUACCAAGAAGUCUGUGAAAAUGUAAAUGAGUGGAAGUUUGGAAGACAAUGCGUAGAAAUGGGAGAAGGGAGGGAGAUGUGUGAAGAAAUGUAAGGGGUCAGCUUCAGGCAGGUUACCUGGUGAAUUAGAUGUAAGGCAGGUUAUCAUGUGUCAUAAAUCCAAUGUCCAUGAUUUAUUAAGUCCAUGUAUCAGUAGAUUUAUGAAGUGAAGUUUGAACUCCACAUUCCUUUACACAUCUCCCUCCCCCUCUCCCACAUCUCUACCCAUUGUCUUCCAUACUUCAACUCAUUUACAUUUUCACAGACUUUUUGUUACCCUUUAGCUUAUUUUCUGCCUUGGGGAACUCAUAAUAGCUACAGUCUCCCUAUGCCUGAUGUAGGGUUGUUUGUGCCCCAAAGCUUGCAAAGAACUUUUCCCCAACUAUUUGAGCUGGUCUAAAAAAAGAUACCACAUCUACCCAAAGAACCUUGCCUGCCUAUGUCCUUAGACCAACACGGCUACAACCAACAACCUGCAACUUUGUUGUGGCAUUUCACAAAACUGGAAUAUUGCAUAAUUUUAACAGUAAACAAUUAGGAGAGUAUAUAAGUUGUGACUGUCUAGCUGAGGGCAAAGUAAUAUUUCACAAUAACAUGAGUCCCACUGAAUACCAAUGAAAUGGCACACUGAUCUGAAUUAACUUUUUGGGCAGCACUACUUUCAGAAAAGCUCAGCUUGUUAAUUUUACUCAGAGCACACAUCUAUUACCUAAACUGUAAACUAAUUAGCUUUUGUUAGCACAGCAAUUGAGUAUUUGAUAGGAACCUUAUUUUAAUUGCUUUAAAGUGCCCUUUGUGGUUAAAUUUGUCCUUGUGUAGAGGACCAGGAAAGCCUAUACUUCACUUAAAGUACCAAAAUGGGACAGAAUUAGUUGGUGGUGCAUAGGCUAUGUAUCGGCCCUUUGCACUGGGUGAAUUUUGUUUCUCAUUUUUAAAGCUGUUUGCCUUUUAACAGUUUCCUGCUGGCAUUGCUUAGUCUGCACACCUGUGAACAUCUUGCCAGCUGGAUGCUGUCCUCUUUAUCAUUUCUUUAUGUCAUGCAGCUGGUGCACAGUGGUAUGCUAAUAUUUUAUUUUUGUAUCUUAUGUUUGUAUGUGGGAUCAGCAAAAUAAAUAUGGAUCCUGACACAGUU